AAGCGUGGCCACAGAUUCUUCAAAUUUAGACGUCCAGUGCUUUCAAGCCCAAGUCCCAUACACGAUCAUGUCAGUUUCUAAAAACCUUUACAGAUCAUUUUCCUCCACAAACAUCUUCUCAGUUUGCACUCAAUAACACCUUAGUCCACAUAAAAAAAGAGAGUUUUUUUUUUUCCUCCUUGUGCUGACAAGAAAACAGUCUUUAAAAGUCUUCCCUAGCUACCACAACCACCCAACUUUCUUAGUUCCUGCAUAGUUUUGUUCCUGUCCGGAAGAAAGCAAAAAAUCUAGGAUAUAUAUCUCCCACACUCUCUGUCAUUCUCUAUGAGACAAAUGGUUACUAAGGAAUACGAGUUCUCACGUGGGGUUGUGGAAAUGGCUUGGAUUAUGCUAAGCGUAGAUUACUCGAGACUUUUCUGGUUGUUGUUCGGUGUCUUCUCCUACGAAAACCAUGAAGGAAAGCCCCGGAUCUAGCAUCCAUCUCAACUAGCUUGCUCGCUUGCUUUCAUCUUUUAUUGUCUAACCCUAUUACAUAUAUCAGUACCAUAUAUAGAGAAAGUUUUCUAGGAAAUUAGCCAUGUACAAGGCACGGAUAGGAGGAUCAUCAUGUGUUGUUGAUGGAGCCGUGGAUGAGCAGCUUGGAUACGUUGAAACUGAUCCCUCUGGUCGAUAUGGACGAUUCAGGGAAAUUCUGGGGAAAGGUGCAGUGAAGACGGUGUAUAGAGGAUUUGACGAAGUACUUGGACUGGAGGUGGCUUGGAACCAAGUCAAGCUAAAGGAAGUCUUUCAUUCGCCGGAGGAAUUGCAGAGGCUUUACUCAGAAGUUCAUCUUCUCAAGAACCUUCAUCAUGAAUCCAUCAUGCGAUUCUACGCUUCUUGGGUUGAUAUUGCUCGCAGAACUUUCAACUUCAUCACCGAAAUGUUUACUUCCGGUACACUCAGAGGGUAUAGGCAGAAAUACCAGAGAGUAGAUAUUCGAGCUGUUAAGGACUGGGCCCGUCAAAUCCUACGGGGUCUUGCUUAUUUGCACGGCCACGAUCCUCCUGUCAUUCACAGAGAUCUCAAAUGCGAUAAUAUCUUCAUCAAUGGCCAUCUUGGACAAGUCAAAAUUGGUGAUCUGGGGCUUGCAGCUAUCCUUCGAGGCUCCCAACAUGCCCACAGUGUCAUAGGGACACCUGAAUUUAUGGCACCGGAAUUGUACGAGGAGGAAUACGAUGAACUAGUAGAUGUAUACUCCUUUGGCAUGUGUGUGUUAGAGAUGCUUACAUCCGAGUACCCGUAUACCGAGUGCUCCAACCCUGCCCAAAUCUACAAGAAAGUUACUUCGGGGAAGCUGCCCAAUGCAUUCUACCGAAUUCAAGACAUGGAAGCUCAAAGAUUUGUGGGUAAAUGCUUGGAGAAUGUUUCAAAGAGGAUGCCAGCAAGUGAGCUUUUGUUGGACCCAUUUCUAGCGUCUGAUGAAGGUGGAUUGUUGCCCAUAACAAGGAUCCAAACUCCCAACUCACUUUCCAACACAAAAGUUGUCGAUUUGCCUCCAUUGGUGUCUCAUCCAACAAAAAGCACAGACAUGACAAUCACUGGGACCAUGGACGAGGAAGACAACUCCAUUUUCCUCAAAGUGCAAAUCACGGACAAUCACGGUCAUGCUAGGAACAUAUAUUUUUCCUUCGACAUCGUACAGGACACUGCCAUUGACGUUGCGAUUGAGAUGGUCAAGGAAUUGGAAAUCAAUGACUGGGAACCACUGGAGAUAGCCGGAAUGAUAGAGGAAGAGAUAUCUUCUUUGGUUCCAACUUGGAAGGAUUGGGGCCCAUCCCAAUACCAUAAUCAACAUAGCUUUAGCUAUGAAGAGGAAGAUGAAGACGGCAUCCACCAUCCUUUCUACACAUCGUCUUCCUGUUCUUCCUCUGCAGUUUGUCUCCCGGCUCUGAGCUCUUCCUGUAAGAGCCAUAAUCGUGGGAACAAUGUUUCCACUGACAUCGAUUGGCUUCAAGAUUUGUUUGCCAAUGACGAUGCUAGUUCCCAAAGCUCCUUGAACUCCUUCAAGUACUCCAAUUUAAGCUACUACUCGAGCAAUGAAGAUGAUUAUGAUUCCAGUAUUACAAGAGGAGGUGAACCCAUUUGCAACAUUGGAAAGGGUCACAUUUGUACAACAAGGUUCAGUCCUGCAGAGAGAAAGAGUGGAAACAAUUGCAGACACUAUGAUGACCGCUCAAAUCUGCCAAGGAAGCUUACUAGGAUUCGGUCACUGGUGGAUGUACGUAGCCAGCUGUUGCAUCGGUCUCUGGUGGAGGAGAUAAACAAGAGGAGAUUGUUAAAGACCGUGGGAGCUGUCGAGAACAUUGGGUUUCAGGAUCCGGCCAUCGAGCUUUAAGGCAAGGUGUCUCUUAAGUGGUUUCUUAUGAAAGUUCGAGACACUCAUUAAAUUUGCAAAAUGAUGGUGAUUGCCGCUCUUCUUUUUAAUCACAGAAUGUUUAAUUAAGCAAUGAUUUUGGGUGUAGUAAACUACGAAUUAAGUUAAAAAGAGAGUGAUUUUAUAAUAAUCAUGGCAGAGAUGAGACAUGUCUUGGACUCUGAAACAUUGUGGCAUGAAAGUCUAUAAUGAUGUAAAAUGCAGAUAUUCGAAUGUUAAGCUAUGUAGCAGAUCAGUUUGAUAUAUGAAGCCAUUAAUUGUAAA